AUGCCUGGUCGUGUGGCUGAAAAGCCCAAGAAGAGAGUAUUGACCGACACGACCAAUACUCACAAUGUCGUCAAAUCCCCACCCUCGGCAAAGAAAAGGAAACUCAACGGCAACAGCGCCAGCGUCUCCUUUCACUCAUCGCAGACCGGUCCACAUGGCUUCAAGUCAAAGCUGGGCUCGUCCCAGCCCAAGAGUCACUUCGAAACCGAGGUCCUGGAGAAGAUGACCCAGGACAUUACCGGCCUGAAGGAGAACAACUCAGAGAGAGACCAGCAGUGGGAUCGACCCAGCUUGGACCACUUCAACCAGGACACGGAUCCCUUGACCUUCCAGCAGAUCGAAAUUGAAGAGGGCACCCUGCAUGGUGGCAAGAUGACUCUAAAGAUGUUUGGCGUAUCAGAGACUGGACACUCCAUCCUCCUCCACGUCACUGACUUCUUGCACUACCUCUACGUUCCAGCCCCGGUGAACUUCCAGCGCUCAGAUAUCGAAGGUUACAAGGCGUACCUGGAAACGCAACUAGCCCAGCACCAGCCCACAAUCCAUUCCGUGCAGAUGGUGCUUCGCGAGAACCUCUACGGCUUCCAAGGAAACCAGAAGAGCCCGUACCUGAAGAUCACCGUAUCAGACCCCAAGUAUAUCAAUCGAGUGCGCACCACAAUAGAAGGUGGAAACGCCAAUUACAAGGGCAUGUGGAAGGGUGUCGAGAGCAAGAUUUUGACAUUUGACAGUAUCCAAUACGUCCUUCGUUUCAUGAUCGACACCGGAGUCACUGGGAUGUCAUGGGUCGAGGUCCCCCCACAGAAGUACCACGUCCUGCCGCAACAUGACAGGCAGUCCAAUUGUCAGAUCGAGGCAUAUUGCCAUUACCGCGAUCUCAUCGCACAUGGGCACGAUGGAGAAUGGGCCAAAAUGGCGCCUCUUCGGAUCUUGUCCUUCGACAUCGAGUGUGCGGGUCGCAAAGGUGUAUUCCCUGAACCGCAUAUGGAUCCUGUCAUUCAGAUCGCGAACGUGGUCACAAAAUACGGAGAAUCCAAACCUUUCAUACGGAAUGUCUUUGUGCUGGAUACUUGCAGUUUGAUAGUAAACACGCAGAUCUAUGAGCACGACUCGGAAGCCAAGAUGCUGAUGGCCUGGAGGGAAUUCCUGGACAAGGUCGAUCCGGACGUCAUUAUCGGCUACAAUAUUGCAAACUUCGACUUCCCCUAUCUCCUUGACAGGGCCAAACAUCUCAAGCUGUCGAAGUUCCCUUACUGGUCGCGACUGAAGAGCGUUGUCUCUCAGGCAAGGGAUACAAACUUUUCGAGCAAGCAGAUGGGCAAUCGCGAUACCAAGGCUACCAAUACGAACGGCAGAAUCCAGCUGGAUUUGUUGCAGCUGGUUCAACGUGACCACCAACUUCGAAGCUACACCCUCAACUCGGUCUGCGCUCAUUUCCUGGGUGAGCAGAAAGAGGAUGUUCAUCACACCAUGAUCACCGAACUAUUCAACGGAACCCCCGACUCGAGACGACGGUUGGCGGUUUACUGUUUGAAGGAUGCUUACCUGCCUCAACGGCUUAUGGACAAACUCAUGUGUCUAGUCAACUACACCGAAAUGGCAAGAGUCACGGGAGUUCCAUUCAACUACCUCCUAGCACGGGGUCAGCAGGUCAAGUUCAUCAGUCAGCUCUUCCGCAAAGCGCUGGAGCAGCAAUUGGUCAUUCCAAAUCUGAGCAACGAAGGCACCGACGAACAGUACGAAGGCGCCACAGUCAUUGAGCCCAUUCGAGGCUACUACGACGUCCCGGUGGCAACGCUGGAUUUCGCUUCUCUGUACCCAUCUAUCAUCCAGGCUCACAAUUUAUGCUAUACGACACUACUAAACAAGAAUACCAUUGACAAGCUCAAUCUCAGAAAGGACGAAGACUACAUCGUAACACCCAACGGAGAUCUUUUUGCUACAGCAAAAGUUCGAAAAGGACUCCUCACCCAAAUUCUAGAAGAGUUACUGGGUGCACGUAAACGCGCGAAAAAGGAGCUCGCUGUCGAAAAAGAUCCUUUCAAGAAAGCAGUGCUGAACGGUCGUCAGCUCGCCUUGAAGGUGUCUGCAAACUCGGUCUAUGGUAUCACGGGAGCCACGGUGGGAAAGCUUCCCUGUCUUGCAAUUGCCUCGAGCACAACUUCAUAUGGCCGUCAAAUGAUCGAGAAAACGAAGCAAGAAGUGGAAGCGAAGUACACCAUCGCUAAUGGAUAUUCGCAUGAUGCUCAAGUCAUCUACGGCGACACUGAUUCGGUCAUGGUCAAGUUCGGAGAGAAGGAUCUGAAGAAGACCAUGGAGUUAGGGCAAGAAGCUGCUGAAUUCGUGUCCAACAAGUUUAUCAAACCCAUCAAGCUGGAAUUUGAGAAGGUGUAUUUCCCCUAUUUGCUCAUCAACAAGAAGCGGUACGCGGGAUUAUACUGGACGAAUGCAGAAAAGUACGACAAGAUGGACAGCAAAGGUAUUGAAACCGUGCGUCGAGAUAAUUGUCGACUUGUCCAGAUUGUCAUCGAAACGGUCUUGAAGAAGAUCCUGAUGGAUCGUGAUCUCGAGGGAGCGCAAUCCUACGUCAAAGAUACGAUCGCCAAGCUCUUACAAAAUAAGGUCGAUCUCAGCAUGCUAGUCAUCACGAAAGCACUAAGCAAGAGCGAUUACACUGCGAAACAAGCCCACGUCGAACUUGCCGAGAGGAUGAAGAAGCGCGACGCUGGUUCAGCGCCGGCUCUAGGUGAUCGCGUUGCGUAUGUGAUGGUGAAAGGAGCCAGUGGGUCCAAAAACUACGAGAACUCGGAGGAUCCCAUUUUCGUUCUGGAAAACAAUGUCCCCAUCGACACGCGGUACUACCUAGACAAUCAACUGGCCAAUCCCUUGAGCAGAAUCUUCGAGCCCAUCCUCGGGGAGAGAAAAGCUAACUCACUGCUGGCCGGGGAUCAUACGCGCUCUAUCUCGGUUGCAGCUCCUACGGUGGGCGGACUGAUGAAAUUUGCAAAGAAGACACAAACAUGCAUGGGAUGCAAGAAGCCGCUCGUUGGAAAAGAGGAGUCGAAGGGCGCGGUCUGCGAGAACUGCCGUCCGCGAAUUGGCGAGUUGUACACGAAGCAUAUCAACAAGGUUGGAGAACUGGAGGUCCGAUUCUCACGGUUGUGGACGCAGUGUCAAAGAUGCCAGGGGAGUAUGCACAGCGAAGUGCUGUGUAGCAGUAGGGACUGUCCCAUCUUCUACAUGCGCAUGAAGGCGCGCAAAGAGGUCGAAGAACAGGGUCGAGAACUCGCAAGGUUUGACGUGGAUAUUGGCGCAAUAUGGUAG